AUGCCUGAUUCUUGGAAAACAAAAUUAUUAGCUGAUGAAGAUUGGUUGGGCUCUUUUCUCAAAUGUCAUCCUUCUAUGUCAAUCCGAUCACCUCAAGCAACAAGCCUAUCGAGGGCUACAUCAUUUAACAAAAACAACAUUAGUUUAUUCUUCGCGAACUUGACUGCUGUUUACCAACGUUUGAAUCUAAGCCCUUGCGAUAUCUGGAACGUUGAUGAGACGGGUCUUAUAACCGUACAUGUACCAAAUAGAGUAAUAGCUCGACGUGGUAUUAAAAAUCUGGGUAAAAUGACAUCUGCUGAAAGAGGUACACUGGUGACAGUUGCUGUAGCCAUCUCAGCUCUUGGAAACAUGGUACCACCAUUCUUUGUAUUUCCACGAGUACAUUAUAAGUCCCAUUUUAUUAGAGGCGGCCCCGUAGGAUCAGAAGGUGACGCUAAUCCAUCUGGCUGGAUGAAAGGGGAAAACUUCAUAAAAUAUGCCAAACAUUUCGUGCAACAUGUUAAACCCAGUAAGGAAAAACCUGUCCUGUUACUCUUGGAUAAUCAUGACUCUCAUUUAUCCAUCGAAGUGCUGGAUUACUUCAAAGCUAAUGGGGUGACAGUUUUGUCAUUCCCCCCACACUGUAGCCACAAGUUACAACCUCUUGAUAGAUCUGUUUACGGACCUUUGAAAAAAUAUUUCAAUAGAGCAAGUGACAACUGGCUGGCUAUCCAGGAAAAACAAUAA